UACAGAUUAAGGACGUGAUGAAAGUGCAAUUUGUUCUGAUUUUGAUUUCUGAGCCGAUUGAUGCGUUGCCAAUGUCUUGAGUGAAAAUAAACAUGAAAAAUAAAUAAAUUUCACAAUAAGAAGAAGUAGAAAAUUCGGAGAAUUUCAAGCUCUUCAAAAUGUCAUUGCUGAUAAUUGACUUGAUUAUUUCACAUCAAUUGAGUACACAUCAUAAUGGACUUACUUAGCAUUUCCUCAGAAGAACGAUUCUUUCUAUUCUAUGAUAAAUAUUCUCACAAAGUUUUUCAAGUUUUUUGUUUUAUUUUUUCCAUCACAGAUAUAGUCUAGUGUGAGCGCAUUCCGAAGAAAAUUAUUCAAGUGAAUUUUAUGACCGUGCUGUUUCGUAUCCCCUAAUCUGUGCCUUUGAACGCAUAAACGGUUGAUUAAGGAUAGAGCAGAAGUCGAAACAGGCGAACAAAACCAGUAGACAGAAGAGAAAAUUCAAAAUCAGAGAUAAUCACGAUGAGCAAGCGUGAGAAUGAUGGAGAAAUUACCGAGAAAUCAAAGCAACAGAAAUUGAACGACGUCAAUCCACGUGGAACUGCUGCUGCUGCUGUAGAUGGUCAAAACGAAGAACCGGCGCCACCGGCCAUUUUCAAACUGAAUGCCAUUUGCUGUGACGAUCUAUUCGAGUGGCUAUCACUCAAAGAUCUGCAUUCACUCGGCCAAACAUGCAAACGAAUGCAACGACUCACCGGUGUCUAUUUCCAGGAGAAUUACAAAGAGACGAGACUAUUUUGCGAAAAUCGCAAUAUUUAUCAUAAUAAAAUUAUGAUGAACGAAUUUUUCCCAUAUGUGCAGAAAAUUGUAGUUGAAAGCAAUUGCCUGUCGGAUUUUAAGAGUAUCAACGAUGGUGAUUCAAUUCGUGAUAUUUCGCUUGAUUGGUUCACAAUGACUGAAAGCAUGAUAGGAUGCAUCAAAGAAAAAUUGAACCAAAUCGAAGUACUUCAUUUGCGGUAUCUUGAUAUGGAAAUUCAUUUAUACGAAGAUUUCUUACAGUUUUGUCCAAAUUUAAAGGGUCUUUGCGUUUACUACAGCCACUCAAAAGAUAAUGAUGAUGAAUGGAUGAAUCGAAAAUAUCCAAAACUUCAGCAUUUCAGACUUCAAAAGCGGGAUGAUCUUAUUAGCCACAAUCUACGACAUUUUUUCCAGCAAAAUGACCAGCUUCAAAGUUUCGGGACCAACGACCGUUUUCUUUUGACAAACAGCGACACAUUCAUCAAUUCCAACCUGAAAUUGGAUGUUCUGAAUAUUCGAUAUUCUGUUGGUAACUUGGAACAUGUUUGUGAUUUAUUAAAUAACCUUCACGAAAUUGGUUUCUAUAA